AUGUUUAAUUCUGUACCCCAUUUCCUGCUCCUGACCUCGGGAGUCGGAAUCUUGUUGAUGCCACAAGUGAUGGCAGUAAGGACCAUGAUACCAUCCACCAGCUUCGACAAUCAAGCCAACUUUGAUGCAGACUGGGAAUACAACUAUCCCUGGGGCACUGACCACAACGGCGCCGCGCGUAUGGAUGGUGCCAAUGCGGUCCGGUUGGCGGGCGACCGCACGCUUGUCAUCACUGCCCGCCGUGCUAACAACCUGCCGCCUGCCACUCACGGCGGCAAACAAAUUGCUAUCAAGUAUCUCUCCGGGGCCAUCCAUGCCAAAGAGCGGUUUACGGUCAAGCAAAACGGCGGCUACGAUUUCACAGGAGAAUUUAAAGCCACAACAACCAAGGGCACCUGGCCAGCCUUCUGGCUCACAGGAGUGGACAGCUGGCCCCCUGAAAUUGACAUGGCAGAAUGGAAAGGAUCCGGGAAAAUCAGCUUCAACACGUUCAACACCUCGAGCGAAGUUGCUUCGUUCAACCCAGAUUACCCUACGCCUGACCAAUUCCAUAGCAUCAAGUGCGAAGUGAGAGACGUUGGGCAGGAUGUCCGCGCCAAUUUCUACAUGGAUGGCAGCCUGGUCACCACUCAGGUCGGAAAAGGAUACGUGGGGAAACCUCUCUUCCUGAUUAUAAACUUACAGAUGGAGGGAUCUUCGGGCUCCCCGGGACCUGAGUCAGAUACGGAAUACGCCAUACGAAACCUCGAGGUUCUUUCCUACAACCCAUGA